AUGCAAUCAGAUCCAUACAAUUGGCCUUUUCCAAACCGAAAUGAUCUAAUGAAUCUAUCUACCAUAAAAAAUUAAAGGAGAGAGAUUAUUCAUGAUAAUAGAGCAUAAUCAACUAUGUCCAUAGAAGGCAUCGAUGGCGCUGCUCCUAAAUUAAAGCCUUAUCAAUAUGUAAAUAAGGAACAAUUUUGCAAUCGAGACGAUGAUAUUCCAGGAACCAAAUCUCGACCUUUAAUUAGAUAUACAAACAGAUCAGAUAAUCAAUUAAUGAUUGAUGAUAUCAAGGGGACACGUCCACAAAUCUGUAAAUUUUAGACUAAUCGAUCACCAAUCAAUCCCCUUGAACCAACUUACAAAAUCCCAUCUUUUGAAUAGGCAGAACACUAUCAACCUAAAUUUCUCAGGGAUAGCUAUAAUAUCACUGAUAUUGAAGGAGCUUAACCUUCUAUAAUUAAUCCAAGAUUGAAAAAAUAACCUAUUCCUUUACCUGAUAUUGAAGGGUCGCAUUCAAAAUAAUUACAUGUGCAAAAAGGUAUUAGUCUCUCCUUAAUUGCAUAACUAGAUGGAAUCAAUUAGUUCGACGUCAAGGACAUCAACACUGACAUGCUACAUAAAUACGUAAGAAAUACAAAUCCAAUUGAACCAGUAUAUUCUCACAGAGAUGAAGAUGGAAAGAAAAUCGAAAUCGGAUUUGUUGAAGGUAGUAAAACUAAGUAAUUGCAUCCAAUUACUAUUAAUAAAUGUGCAUCUUCUACUUUAACCACCUAAGACAUCGUUGGUGCAUAGGCAGGAUCUCAUACUUAACAUUUCCUGAGAUCCAGUGAUAGAAAAGAUUACAGACAAAUUAAUAAUAUAUAAGACAUUGAGGGUGUAUAAGCAGGAUCACUCAAAAAAGGAAUUGUAAGUAAAAGAUAUACAAAUCCUUUGAUGCCAGCUUAUUAAAUGCCUGGAAAUGCUGAAUUAAAUUCCACUUAACCAAAAAGUGUGUUCUAAAAGAAUGCCAGUAACUAAAUGUUUACCAAUGCUUAAAAAAUGGAUAAAUUUCUAGCACAAGGAUGA